AUGCAGAUUUUCGUCAAGACCCUCACGGGUAAGACCAUUACCCUCGACGUCGAGUCGAGCGACACCAUCGACAACGUCAAGACCAAGAUCCAGGACAAGGAGGGUAUCCCCCCGGAUCAGCAGCGUCUUAUCUUCGCUGGUAAGCAGCUUGAGGAUGGCCGCACCCUGAGCGACUACAACAUCCAGAAGGAGUCCACCCUCCACCUGGUCCUCCGUCUCCGUGGUGGUAUCAUCGAGCCCUCCCUUAAGGCUCUCGCCUCCAAGUACAACUGCGAGAAGUCCAUCUGCCGCAAGUGCUACGCCCGUCUUCCCCCCCGUGCCACCAACUGCCGCAAGAAGAAGUGUGGUCACACCAACCAGCUCCGCCCCAAGAAGAAGCUCAAAUAG